AUGGCUGCACUCGCUUACUCGGGAGCCCCGGGGGGUCAAAAGACAUCUAUCGAUCGCAGGUGGUGUCUGCAAACCAACUCAUCUCAAACCAUCACCAAUCCAAUCGUUAUGGCCGAAGUCGAAAUGGAAAAUGUUGAGGGUCAAACCCUCAUUACCGAUGAGGAAUCACCAGACAAGAUCCUCAAUCAGUUACUCGAAGUUAUGUCGGCACUUCAGUCCAAUCCAUUCGAUUAUUCCCUACAUGAACGUAACAUCGCGCUAUGUCAAAAGCUCGGGGCGGAUACCAUCGAGGAACUCAAUCAAGCACGCACUCUGAUGUCAGAAUACUUCCCAGUUAAAGAAGAUUUCUUCACAAAUUGGGUCUCUGACGUAGUUUCCAGCCAUCAGUCGCCGUACGAGCUUAGUUGUGUCCAGAAGGUCCUUGAGAUUUAUGAGCAAGCUUCAUCAUACUCAUUUUUUAUAAAAAUCGAGGCGAACAGACUUCGAUAUAUGAUUGAUCUGUUUUACUACGCGCGUGGGUUACCAUCGCCCUCUGGAGAAGUGAUUGAACGAAUCGAAGAAUCUUCAGAAAAUGAUACGAAGGAUCCAGAUACGUCACCAGAAAGAACUGAUGAGAAAGUGGCCUUGGAACAAUUCAUCACUGAAGAAAAGUUACGAACCCUUGCGAUCGAUGUUAUGGACAAGACAGGAUAUCAUCUAUUAGAGAGCUCAGCAAUUUGGAAUAUGUGGGCGCUUCAUGAAUUUGACACCCUCAAGCGUAACUGGAAUAAAGAUGGAUUGGCCCGCUUCAAGAAUAUGGUCCAAGCUAGGCUACGUGUUCCACAUGCAGAUAACUCUACAACCUUUCAAAUGUAUUCCACAUUGAUCACGAAGCACGAAAAUGAUAACUAUGAAGAAGAAAUGGUUGCUGUAAACACUUUGUACAGUCCUUCCCGGCAACUGAUGGAUGAUCGUGAGGCGCACGAAGCCCAAUUGAAAAAGUCUGGCUAUUCUUGCCAGGAAUACAUAAAAUAUAUAUCCUGGGAAUUGUCUCGCAAAUCAGCUGGAUUUGAUCUGGCCCAAAUGUUGUUCGAACGAGCUCUUGCAGAUCACCCGAACUCUGUUGAACUGUGGUUGGAAUACUUACGCUAUUUGAAUCCUCUCCGAGAUCAGCUUACACUGUUGACGGCAAUCGUGAAACGGGCUACCCGCACAGUCCCCUGGUCAGGAGAAAUAUGGGCCAGUGCAAUCCGUACUUUUGAGCGGAACAACCAAACAUUCGAGGCAGUAGAAGGACUGUGCACGAGAGCAAUUCAAUCAAAGUUCUUGGAGCACGAUAUCGAGGCUUUAGUAGGGUUUACCAUAGGUCGAGCUGAUUAUCACCGAAGAAGACUUGAUGCAUAUAUCGUAGCGGGCGGGGCUGAGAACGAGGAACAAGUUAAAUCUCUAAUUGAUAUGGUGGCAAAUGUUCUCCACCACGGCAUUGAUACCACAAAGAAAGUUCUUGCCAAAACCGGCGAUCCAUCUUGCAGACUUGAAAAGUAUCUGGCAACAUUUUUUGAGCAUCAUGACCGGGAAGAUGAUGCAGCAAAGGUUUGGCAAAAAGCGACCAAGCAGUACCGGAAUGCUUCUUCUCCAUGGAUCUCUGCUGCCGAAUGUGAAGCGCGGCGUGGGGACUUGACUCGUGCUCGCGAAUAUUACAAAAAGUCGUCCAACAUCAAACUGGACUACCCCGAAUAUUUGUUGGAGGCAUGGCUAACAUUUGAACAUCAUUUUGGGGCGUUGGACGACCUUGAAUAUGCAAUCUCUAAAGUUAACAACAUCAUGAAAGGGAUUAGUGCUCGGAGGAAAAGGGAAGCAGAGCACAGUUCCGCAGUGCUUGCUCCACAAUCAAGCUUGGUUAACCCUGUCGGUAAUGGCUCUGAUGUCCAUGCCCAGGCAGGACCCGAAGAAACUAAUGAAACCCGAAAGCGUAAAUCCGAGGCAAUCACCGAGAGCGAAGGCGGGGAUAAGAAAAUCAAAUUGAACACACGACCAGCAGAGGCUACCACUUCCACAAAUAUCGGUGAUGUACCAGAAUUGAAACGGGACCGCGAAAACUCCACCGUCCUGGUGGCCGGCCUAACACCUGAAACAACUGAAGGAAAAAUUAGCCAACUCUUCCGCGACUGCGGCAAGAUUCGUGAAAUCGCCAUCCAUAAGAUCAGCUCCGACGAUGUUGUGGCCACCGUCGAGUUUGAGGACCGAGCGAGCGUUUUGCCAGCACAAACAAAGGACAAGAAGCUGUUGGAUGGGGUAGAAGUGGCAGUAUCCUUGGCUUGGCGCUCUACGCUUUACGUCACAAAUUUCCCUGAAGACGCAAAUGAUGAAUGGAUUCGAAGCAAAUUCUCUACUUUUGGUAGUAUAUUUGAUGUUCGGUGGCCUAGUAAAAGGUUUAAAAGUACUAGACGGUUUUGCUACAUCCAAUAUACUUCUCCAGCAUCAGCAGAGGCAGCACUUCAAUUGCACAACCUGGAGGUCUCACCCAAACAGAAAAUGUCGGUGCUUAUAUCCGAUCCGACGAGGAAACAGACCCGCAGCGACAAUCAUGCAAAUGAGAAAGAAAUCUAUAUUACUUGUCUCAGUAAAUUUGUUCAAGAAGAUGAUCUAAAAAAACUCUUUGCUCAAUUUGGAGAAAUCAAAGGUGUGAGAGUGGUUUUAGAUCAGGCCGGCCAUUCCAAGGGGUUUGCAUUUGUUGAAUUCGAAACCGAGAUGUCAGCCAAGGCUGCACUUACCAUGAAUAACGUAGAACUGAAAAAGAGAAGGAUCGGUGUCACAAUCUCAAGCGGCAAAGGGCCCUCCUUGGCCCGAAAACACACCGCAUUCAAAGAUGAAGCGAAACUAAGCUCGACUACUGACCAUCGAAGCCGAAGUGUGAAAGUUUCGAAUAUAGUAGAUGGGACUCAAGAAGCCUUAAUUCAACAAUCCUUUGAACAAUUUGGCAAGGUUCUAAAGACACUCACCUAUCCUGAAAAGAACGAGGCCUUGGUAGAGUUUGCGCUCGAGAAAGAUGCUGGACGAGUCUUUUUGCAUAAAGAACCGAUUUUAAUCAAUGGGCAAAAGGUGGAGGUUUCAGUUCCGACCACCUCUAUUAAAGGUGGAUUGGCUGCCUCAAGUUCGUUCACACCUCUGUUACCUCGCUCAACCAUCAAGGGUAAGAAGUCGCGGAUCGGACUGGGACAUAGUGCUCGACCACCGACCAAGGCUCCGGCAGCUAGGAGCGAAGUUAAACCUGAUGACCAACAAAACAGUUCUUCAAAAGAUGUAGAAAUGACCGAUCGGAAUCAACCUACCUCUUCUAAAGCUGGAACUAAAACUCAAGACGAUUUUCGGAAAAUGUUGGGUUGA